GGUUGAAGAAGUUGGAGAAGGCAGUUGCAGACUUCGCGGCACUCUUUCUUCCGUUCUCCGAUCGGCCACGGCGUAGCCGCGUAGGCGUAGAAUUACAGAGUAGCACCAACGAAACGGUGGCGUUUCAGUCAUGGGAGCUUCAGAGUCUGCCCUUUCAAGCUCACAGAGGCCUGCCGAUGAAAUCACGACCGUGACGGAGCGAUCGGAAGUCGCCGAUCCUAUCUUAGAGAGGCUCAAAUCCCUCAAAAUAUCGACGCCAAUACUGACGUCGCCGCCGACCGAGAGCAGCUUGACCGACAUUCUAGUGAGGAAACCUUCAUCUUCGGCUCCAAGUACUGUGGAUCCUAAGGUGUUAUUGGAACUAUUCUCAAUGUACCGUGACUAUCAGGAGGAGAAGGCCAAGAAAAUUAGCAAAAACCAGGAAGAAAUAGAAAACAAGAUUGAAGUUGCAGAUGCCUUGGCUGUUAAGCUUCUUCAACGUCUUAACUACUCAGUAGCAGCAAUGAAGAUCACUUCACAGAAUUUAUCAGAGGUUCAUGCAUUGCAGGUGGAGAUUGGGGAACUUAAAGGGAGGUUGACAGAAGUUAUUAGCAAUUGUGAUGCAUUAUGCAGGAGAAUAGCAACAGAAGGACCAGAAUCUCUUCGGUCAUCCGUUAAGCCAUUUGCAGUCGCCGCAGCUAGUCCAGAAAAUGGUUCUGGCUCAUCUUCUCUACAAAGCGUGAUUCAAAUUCAAAGAAGCCCACCUUCAGAAACCCAAAGCGUGAUUCAAAUUCAAAGAUUCCCACCUUCAGAAACCAAGUUAGACUGACAUUUUGGCAUUUUCUUUCUUUCUACACGCUUGAAUUGAGUUUUAGAUUCCUGAUCACAAUUGUUCUAUUCUUUUGUUGGACUAGUAAUGUUUUGGAACUGAAGAAAACAACCAAUGAAGUUAUAUAUAUACUGAUUUUGAUUCA